CUAUACAGACCAUUGAAUACUACCUCUGGAUGGUGAAAACUCAACAUGACACUGCAAAAAAAGUACUGAUCAUAAAUCAUUACACAGCUGGUGUAAUAAUGAAUGCAAAAGAUGAGGUCAUAAACAGACAUUUAAUGCCAAAGGUGAAAUUUGAUGAUUUUGAUGCAGCAGUUGGGGCACUUAAUGUACAUUGUACCCACUGGACCUUGGUGUUUCUAAAUGCUGCUUCAAAAGAAGUGUCAGUUGUAGACCCUUUAGGUUCAAAUGAGGAAGAACAGACUAAGACAGCAGGAGAAAGAUUUAGGAGGUUCUUCCAAAUGCGCCACAACAUUCUGAGCAGAAAAGACUGGAGCAACAUCAGAUGGAGGCCAAAGAAAAUUAGACACACAAACCAGCAGGAUGGAAAUAGUUGUGGGGUUUUUGUUAUGAAGUUUGGCGAGGUAAUACUGUCAGAAUUCCCUGAUGUCCCCAACUAUAUUUCCAUCGAUGGAAGCCUGGAGGCAGUAACUGAAAUUAGGCAACAGAUGGCAGCUACUAUUUUAGCAUCUUCCGAGCCUAUUCAAAGUGUUUGCCAGCUGUGUGGCUGCAAAGAGACAGUUGAGAAUGAACUCUGGAUCCAGUGUGAUAGCUGCUUGCUCUGGACACAUACAAAGUGCACUGACCUGACACAGAAAGAGGUGGACUCAGUAACCAAGGAUAACAGUCCAUGGUUAUGCACAUUUUGCAUUAUGUAAAUAUACACAACAUCACACU